GAGUCAGGUAGCACCUAUGAGCUUGUGGAGAUAAGCACUGGCAGCAAAUUGGGCAGACAUAAUCUCCAUGUUCAACAGUUGGGUCCGGAGACGUCAACAGAGCUAAUGUCAUUUCAUUUAUCUGUUGGGGAUCAAACACAAGAUCUGCAUAGUAGGAUAAUCUUGGACCAUCCACAGGGUUAUUCACAACAACUUCACAAAUGUAUUGUGGCUCAUUCAUUGGGGCAAGCUGUUUUUGAUGGAAACGUGAAAGUCAACAAAUAUGCCCAGCAAACAAAUGCAGGACAACUAACAAGGAGCCUUCUCCUUGAGCCACGUGCAACCGUCAACAUAAAACCAAAUCUCCAGAUUAUUGCAGAUGACGUGAAGUGCUCUCAUGGAGCAGCAAUAAGUGAUCUGGAAGAGAGCCAGCUCUUUUAUUUUCAGGCCCGGGGAAUUGACUUGAAGACAGCUAGAAAGGCCCUCAUCUUUUCCUUCGGAGCUGAGGUAAUCGAACGGUUGCCCAAUUCGUAUGUCAGAGAGCAAGUUAGAAAUCAUGUAAAAGAAUUGCUGGAAUCCACUCCCAAAGGUGAAUCAUAAAGAGCCGUUAGUUCUGUUUUGUAUAUAUGUUGAAUUUGACUUUCAUUAUUUAACAGGAUUGAAGCAAAUUUUGUCCUUAUUAUCUCAUUCUUAAAUCUAAAAAAUCUGACCAAAAACAAAAAUGAUUUUGUUGUUGUAAUAUUUAUUUAUUUGAUGGACUAACGUACAUGGCUCAA